GUCGACGCCGGAGGAGCAGCAGCCGCCCUGCGUCCCGCCGAGUGGAGCAGGGCGGGACCGCAGUUUGCCCGCGGAGCAGCCGGAAGUGGCGGAGCCUUCCGGUGUGUGUGUGGGCGGGGGGGAGGGGGUGUGAGGUGCGACGCCGGCCCGGCGACGACGGAGAAGUUGUGAGGGAAGGUCGGUCGGAAGGUGUCGCCGCCGUUGCCGGUGCCCGGGCAAGGAGCGGGCAGGAGGAGGAGAAGGAGAAGCAGCACGGACGGCGACGCCCCCCUCUCCCCUCCGCCGCCGCAGCCCCGCUCCCCUCGGAGACGCCAUCAUGAAGAAGCAGUUCAAUCGCAUGAAGCAGCUGGCCAACCAGACGGUGGGCAGGGCGGAGAAAACUGAAGUCCUCAGUGAAGAUCUGCGACAGAUUGAGCGCCGUCUCGACAACGUGAGGUCCGUAUGCCACACUUCCUGCAAGAGGCUAGGCAUGUGUUUGCAUGGGCAGUCUGGAACAGAUGCAGAAAAGAGACAUAAAAAGCUUCCUCUCACUGCUUUUGCUCAGAAUAUGCAGGAAGGCGCUCUGCAGCUAAGCGAUGAAACUUUGCUGGGGAAAAUGCUGGAGACUUGUGGUGAAGCAGAAAAUAAGCUAGCAAUGGAGCUCUCUCACCAUGAGGUGCAGGUUGAGAAAGAUAUUUUAGAGCCACUGAACCUCCUCUCAGAGACGGAAAUCCCCAACAUUCAAAAACAGAGGAAGCAGCUUGCAAAACUGGUGCUGGACUGGGAUUCUGCAAGAGCCAGAUGGAACCAGGCCCACAAAACUUCAGCCACCAACUUCCAGGGGCUUCCGUCUAAGAUAGAUUCCCUCAAGGAGGAGAUGGAUGAAGCGGGAAAUAAAGUCGAGCAAUGCAAGGAUCAACUUGCAGCGGACAUGUAUAACUUCAUUUCCAAAGAAGGCGACUACGCCCGCUACUUUGUCUCUUUAUUAGAAGCACAAGCAGAUUACCAUAGAAAAGCAUUAGCAGUCUUAGAAAAGGUGCUCCCUGAAAUCCAGGCCCAUCAAGACAAGUGGAGUGAGAAGCCAGCUUUUGGGACUCCCCUGGAAGAGCAUCUCAAGCGCAGCGGCCGUGAAAUUGCCCUCCCAAUUGAGGCGUGUGUGAUGAUGUUGCUGGAAACCGGCAUGAAGGAGGAGGGCUUGUUCCGGAUCGCAGCUGGAGCUUCCAAGCUAAAGAAGCUGAAAGCCGCUCUGGACUGCUCCACCUCGCAGCUGGACGAGUUCUACUCUGACCCUCAUGCUGUGGCAGGUGCCCUGAAGUCUUACCUGAGGGAGCUGCCAGAGCCAUUAAUGACCUACGCCCUGUACGAAGAGUGGACGCAAGUUGCAAACAUACAAGACCAGGACAAGAAACUUCAGGACCUGUGGAGGAUUUGUCAGAAAUUGCCAAAGCACAACCUGGCCAAUUUCAGGUACUUAAUCAAAUUCCUUGCAAAGCUCGCUCAGUACAGUGAUGUUAACAAGAUGACGCCCAGCAACAUUGCCAUCGUGCUGGGCCCCAACCUCCUGUGGGCCAAGAAUGAAGGCUCCCUUGCAGAAAUGGCAGCAGCAACAUCCGUGCAUGUGGUAGCAGUUGUGGAGCCGAUUAUCCAGCAUGCCAACUGGUUUUUUCCUGAAGAGGUGGAUUUCAACGUGUCGGGAGCCUUUGUGGCACUGCCUGCGGUGAAUUCGAAUCACCUGCACACAGGGAAUGACUACGACUCGGGGACCUUGGAGCGGAAGAGGCCCAUCAGCAUGGCCGUGAUGGAUGGGGAGCAGCUGAGGAAGGAAGGCUAUGGUGUCAAGGUUAUGGACUUCCAGGCGAUCCCCAGGAGAGGUGGCACUAUAAGUAGAAAGCACACAGCCCCAGCUUUCCAGCCACCACUUCCGCCCACUGAGGCUGGCCCGCUGGCACAGGCCACAGCGGAGCAGCACCCACAGGGCCCUGGGGCUGAGCCCGCCCCCUUGGGUGCUGCAUCCGUCCCCCUUCCCGGCCCAGCAGAGCAGUCCCAAAGCCAAGGCGCUGAGGACGGCAGCAGUUCAAAACCAAAGGACCCCACGACUCCCCCGCCCACGAGGAAUGGGGGGCAUGGAAGUGCUGCUCAGGCCUACCCACAGCCCAGCGCUGGCAACAGCCAGCUCUCCGUGGGACAGUCGCAAGUCUCUGCGGGGCCCAGUCCACAUGCCGUCAGGCGAGCCGUGAAGAAGCCUGCCCCAGCCCCUCCAAAGCCAGCCAACCCACCUCCCGGGCAGCCAGGGAACCAAAGUGCCCCCUCCGCCCCUCAACCGCCCUCUGUUUCCCCAAAGCCCCCCACUAGAAGCCCUUCUCCCCCCAGCCAGGGAGUCCCCCAGCCCAGCCCUGUCCCAUCCCAGUGCUCUGCCCCCCGACGGUACUCCAGCAGCCUCUCUCCCAUCCAGGCCCCCAGCCACCCGCCUCCCCAGCCCCCCAUGCAGACAGUGGCCACUCCUCCUCUCCAGCCGAAAGCCAACACUCCCAGCUCUUCCCCGCCUGGGUCUGAGCCCAGCCUGGAGCAGCCCUCGCCCACUCCUCCCCACACGCCCACGCCCCCCGACACCCCACCCCUGGAGAAGCACAACCCUGCAGUCGCCUCCCCAGCUCCUCAGCCCCUCACCCAGGAUGCUCCGCCAGCUCAGUCGCCGCCUCCUCAGAUGGGCACGUUGCCCAGGCCAAGGCCUGUGCCCAAGCCGAGGAACCGGCCCACCGUCCCCCCUCCACCGCAUCCUCCAGCUCCUCACCUAGCCGGAGACGGUCCUCUUCCUGGUCCCCCUUCAACGGCAUCCCGCAUCGUGACUGACUCUAAUUCCAGUAUUCAAGAGCCACCACGAGGCCUCCCUGCUGCGGAACUUCCGACGGAGUCGUCAGCUUUGCCAAACCAGAGCUCCCACAACCACCUUGUGCUCGACAUCAAUCACGAUACCGAAAGCACCGCUUUAUAAACGAAAGAAACCACUCCAGGGCCGCAGCUGCUCCUGCCCCAGCGGGAACCUCACCAGUCAAGGCUCUACAGUGAGGAGCUUAUGGAAAUCGAAAGAUGGGG